CAGAGCUGGGUCGGAUUACCUCUCGCUCUUAUCAUGCAUAAUCUAUUAUCAAAUGUUUCUACCUCAAACAAUCAACUAAUCUCAUCUAUUGGAGUUCAACAGCCCAUGACUGGAUCAUGCAAACCUCCACAGGUAUCAGUUGAAAUCCAAACCUUCCUUUCCGACCAAGUUAUCAAACCUCAAGUAUCACAAUUCACAACCUCAACACAAACCGUCACUGGGGAGUUCUCACCGAAAACGGAGGCUCCGCCAUCGCAAGAUCACAACAAAAUUGAAAUAUCAACUCAAACUCCCAAGGUUUUGCAACUUUCAAAAUCAACCCAAAUCCCCAGAGUCCCACAACUUUCACAAUCAACUCAGACACUCAAUGUUUCACAAGCUUCACAGUCAACCCAGACCCCCAAAUAUUUGCAAUAUUCACAAGAAUGUCAAACUUCAGAUCCAGAGACGCCGGCAGUCAGACUUCAAACUCCUUAUGAUAAGAUUCUUUCUCAUGCGGAGAUCACUGAAGUUUCGAAUUCAAAACAAUGUGAAGAUAUUGAAGGUGAAGAUAUUGAAGGUGAAAAUAUUGAAGUUGAACAAAAGAUAGAGAGGAGAAAAUAUAAAGUAGAAGCAGUUAAACAUGACAAAAAAAGAAGUUGGACAUUUUCUUUAUUUAAUUUUGUCUUGUUUCUCGGUAUAUUUUCUGGUAUAGGGUUGGUGAUAAUUGAAAAAUUGGGAAACGAAGAACUCAGUUAUUGUUAA